AUGGCUUCCUCGGCCGCCGCCGCUCGCCGCCUUCUCCUCCUCCGCCACCGCCAUGGUCACCUUCUCCCCAAAUGCCACUUCUCUUCCUCGUCCGCUGCCGACGGCCUCGACGACAGCGGUUGCGGCGGCCGCGUCAAGAUCUUCGACCGCGACCUGAAACGCCGGCACCGGGACCGCGCGGCGUGGACGAUGCGUGGAAUUGAGAGGUUGAUCAUGAUGGACAUGUCAGCCGACAUGGUGAAGAAGUGGCGAGAGUCAGAGAAUGCCACUGGUGACGAACCUGAGACGCACUUUGUUGUCGGUGAUGAGUUCCUUCCAAUCAAAGAGAGUUCACAGGAUUUGAUAAUAAGCUGUCUUGGACUUCAUUGGACAAAUGAUCUACCUGGAGCAAUGAUACAGUGUAGGCUAGCGUUGCAACCUGAUGGCCUUUUUCUGGCAGCAAUUCUUGGUGGAGAAACACUGAAGGAGCUUAGAAUUGCAUGCACAGUUGCUCAAAUGGAACGCGAAGGAGGCAUCAGUCCUCGAAUGUCCCCUUUAGCACAAGUCCGUGAUGCAGGAAACCUUUUGACAAGGGCAGGUUUCACCCUUCCAGGAGUUGAUGUUGAUCAGUAUACCGUUAAAUACAAUAAUGCUUUGGAACUUGUUGAACAUCUUAGAGCAAUGGGGGAAACAAAUGCUCUCUUUCAAAGAAAUCCUGUGUUGAAAAGGGAUACAGCCUUGGCAACGGCAGCAAUUUACCAGUCAAUGUUUGGGUUAGAAGACGGAUCUAUUCCUGCAACCUUUCAAGUAAUUUACAUGACUGGCUGGAGGGAGCAUCCAUCACAGCAAAAGACUAAGAGAAGGGGUUCUGCGACCAUAUCAUUCAGUGAUAUACAGAAACAAUUUGGUCCCAGUGAGAACUGA